AUGUCACCGAAGCCAUAUACCAAUUCUUGUCGUCUCCGAUCCGAAUAUUUUACAAGAUAUAUUUUUAAAAUAUUUUCAAACUUUCAUUCACGUCGUGAAGUUGCAUUUGACGAACCACAUGUGAAAGAAGGUCAUCUAUUUACUGCACAAGAUCUUCGUUGGAAACGGCAACGAUUUGUUAUUAAUCCAACAUUUUCAUCGACCAAACUCAAAAAAAUGUCUCCACUAAUUAAUCAUAGUAUUGAGGCAUUAAUGACAAAAUUAACCGAGCAAUAUCAACUUGGCGAACCCUUUGAUAUUUAUACAUUUUUGAAACGUUUUACUAUGGAUACUAUAUGGUCAUGUGGAUUUGGUCUUGAUACAGACAUGCAAAAUAAUCCGAAUGAUCCAUAUCUUAUUCAAUCACAACGUGUAUUCAGCCCAGAAUAUUGCUUAAUGGCUGUCGGCUAUGAAACAACAAGUACUGCACUAGCUUAUGUUUCUUAUGUUCUUGCAACUCAUCCAAAUGAACAACUCAAAUUACAAGAACAUAUCGAUUCUCAUUUCCAUCCGAAUACAGACAAUGAUAUACCCACUUAUGAAGCAAUUUUGAAAAUGGAAUAUUUAGAUAUGUUCAUUCGAGAAGGUCUUCAUAUGUAUCCAAUUGUACCAGUUGUCAUCAAUCGACAAAGUACAGAAGAUUUUCAUAUUCGUAAUGUCCGUACGAUUCCUGCUGGAACAAUUGUCACUGUUGAUAUUUAUAGUGUACAUUUUGAUCCUGAUCUAUAG